AUGAUCAACACCAACAUCACUCAAACACUGCCACCUUUCCUUUGUGACCUCACAAACCUCACACAUGUUGAUUUUCAGUGGAAUUUCAUUCCUGGUGAGUUCCUAAAAUCUCUCUACAAAUGCUCCAAGCUUGAGUACCUUGACCUCUCACAGAAUUACUUUGUUGGCAAGAUUCCUGAUGAUAUUGACAACUUGGCUAGCCUGAGUUUUCUUAGCCUUAGUGGCAACAACUUCUCUGGUGAUAUUCCAACCAGCAUUGGGAGGUUAAAGGAACUAAGAAAUCUUCAACUUUAUCAGUGUCUUCUCAAUGGUACUUUCCCUGCUGAAAUUGGCAAUUUGUCCAACCUUGAGUCCUUGUAUGUGUUCUCAAACCACAUGCUCCCUCCCACAAAGUUGCCAUCAAGCUUGACCCAGUUGAACAAAUUGAAGGUCUUUCAUAUGUAUGAGUCCAACUUGGUAGGGGAAAUCCCUGAAACCAAUGGACACAUGGUGGCAUUGGAGAAAUUGGAUUUCCUUUCCGGGGAGAUACCUAGAGUGGUUGAAGCAUUCAACUUGACAGAACUUGAUCUUUCAGAGAAUAUACUUAGUGGGAAAAUACCUGAUGAUUUGGGAAGGCUCAAUAACUUAAAAUACUUGAAUUUAUAUAGCAAUCAGUUAUUUGGGAAUGUACCAGAAAGCAUUGCUCGUCUGCCAGCUCUGACGGACUUUGUUGUUUUUCUCAACAAUUUAUCAGGUACUCUUCCUCUAGACUUCGUUCGGUUCUCAAAGCUUGAAACAUUUCAGAUUGCAUCUAAUAGUUUCACAGGAAGGUUGCCAGAGAACUUGUGCUACCAUGGAAGUUUAGUAGGUUUAACUGCUUAUGACAAUAACCUGAGUGGGAAGUUGCCUGAAUCUCUAGGAAGUUGCAGUAGCCUGAAUAUUCUAAGGGUUGAAAACAAUAAUCUUUCUGGUAAUGUUCCUAGUGGUCUAUGGACAUCGAUGAACUUGGAAAGAUUUAUGAUAAAUGAAAACAAGUUCACUGGUCAGCUUCCUGAAAGAUUAUCUUGGAAUGUUUCAGUCAUGUCCAUAAGUUACAAUCAGUUUUCCGGUAGAAUUCCCCUCGGAGUGUCUUCCUUGAAGAAUGUUGUGAUUUUCAAUGCCAGUAACAACCUCUUCAAUGGUAGUAUUCCACUGGAGCUAACAUCUCUUCUCCAUCUAACAACUCUUCUGCUUGAUCAUAACCAGCUCACAGGGUCACUUCCAUCAGAUAUAAUAUCAUGGAAGUCCCUAAUAACUCUAGAUUUGAGCCACAAUCAACUCUCUGGAGUACUCCCAGAUGUAAUUGCUCAGUUACCUGGCCUUAAUAUUUUGGAUUUGUCAGAAAACAAAAUCUCUGGUCAAAUUCCACUUCAACUAGCCCUUAAGAGACUCACAAAUCUCAAUUUGUCCUCCAAUCUUUUGACAGGGAGGAUUCCAAGUGAAUUAGAAAACCUUGCUUAUGCCAGAAGCUUCUUGAACAAUUCUGGUCUCUGUGCUGAUAGUAAAGUACUAAACCUUACCUUGUGCAAUUCUAGGCCUCAAAGGGCAAGAAUUGAAAGAAGAUCUGCAUCUUAUGCUAUAAUCAUAAGUUUGGUGGUAGGAGCCUCCUUACUGGCUUUGUCGUCAUCAUUCUUGAUGAUCAGAGUUUACAGAAAAAGAAAGCAGGAAAUGAAAAGGUCAUGGAAGCUCACUUCCUUUCAGAGGCUGAGUUUCACAAAAACAAAUAUUGUGUCCUCAAUGUCAGAACACAAUAUUAUUGGCAGUGGUGGGUAUGGUGCAGUAUAUCGUGUCGUUGUUGAUGAUUUAAAUUAUGUUGCGGUGAAAAAGAUAUGGAGUAGCAGAAAAUUAGAGGAGAAGCUUGCAAAUUCAUUUCUUGCAGAAGUUGAAAUAUUGAGCAAUAUUCGUCAUAACAACAUUGUAAAGUUGCUAUGCUGCAUUUCCAAUGAGGAUUCUCUGCUCCUUGUCUAUGAGUAGCCUAGGCCCAAAUCUGAAACCCCAAAAAGAAAGAAACU